GUGUAAUGACAUGUUUUGGAAAGUAAACAUGUGUUGAUGCAAUUGCAAUCACUCCAUUUAUCUUUCUGUCUUUACUCCUUCUACUUCUUUUCUUUUUCUUAAGACAUUUUUAGUGUUGUUUGAUUUGUUAAGAGCAAAAAAUGGUGAAGGAGAUGAUGAACAAUAAGUUUGAGUGGAACAACCCAUCUUCUUCUUCUUCUUCUCAUUUGAAGCAAAAUCAUGUUUUGGUGAAGCUUGUUGUUUCAGUUCUGUUAGUGGGUGUUGCAUUUCGUUUGUUGUAUACUGGUUCUUUUGAUGUUCUUCCUUUAGCUGAAGAAACAACAACAAAAACAACUUCAAAAGUUGAGGCACAAGUUCCUGCAAGUAAUUAUGUAGUUGAAGAAGAUUCAUUACUUCCUGCAGCUGAUUUUUCAGUUGAAGAAGAAGAAGAAGAGGCACCAGCUCCUCCAAGUAAUGCUGAUGGUGAUGAUCAGGUACAAGAUCAGAUUUCUCAAAAAGCUGCAACAAUUGAAAUUUCUGGAAAAUGUAAUCUCUUUGUUGGGGAAUGGGUGCCGGAUCCAUUAGGCCCAUUGUACUCAUAUGAGAACUGUCAUUUCAUUACUGAUGAUCAGAAUUGCAUGAAAAAUGGGAGGCCUGAUUCAGGGUACUUGCAUUGGAGAUGGAAGCCCCGGGGUUGUGAAAUACCACGGUUUAAUGCGGAGAGAUUUCUUGAAAUGAUGCGGGAUAAGUCAUGGGGAUUUAUAGGUGAUUCGAUUGCUCGCAACCAUGUGCAGUCGUUGCUGUGCAUUCUCUCCAAGGUGGAAGCGGCGAACGAGAUUUACCAUGACGAAGAGUACAGAUCUAAAAGAUGGCACUUCCCCUCCUACAACUUCACCCUCUCCUUAAUCUGGUCUCCGUUCCUUCUAAAGUCAGAGAUUUUCGAAGAUAUGUAUGGAGUAUCUACUGGUGAAAUUCAGUUGCAUCUAGAUAAACUGGAUGAGAAAUGGACUAGUGAAUAUGAGAGUUUCAAUUACGUUACGAUUUCGGGUGGGAAAUGGUUUCUCAAAACCGCGGUGUAUCAUGAAAACAACACGGUAUUGGGUUGCCAUUAUUGUUCAAAUAGCAAGUUGAUAGAAUUUGGAAUUGAUAAUGCUUAUCGUAAAGCCAUCAAGCUGGUUUUCAACUUCAUCAGUAACUCUCAACACAAUGCCGUAGUUUUGUUCAGGACAACCACGCCGGAUCAUUUUGAGAAUGGAGAAUGGUUCAGUGGAGGGACUUGCAACCGAACAGUUCCGUAUAAAAAAGGUGAGAUAAGCUUGAACUAUAUCGAUUCUGCAAUGCGCAAAAUCGAGUUGCAGGAAUUCAAGAAUGCAGCAACUACUUCAGGAUCCGUAAGAAUAGCAAAACUAAAACUCUUAGACACUACCCUGCUUUCAUCAGUCAGACCCGAUGGACAUCCUGGUCCAUACAGGCAGUUUAAUCCGGAAAAAAAUUCCACGGUUCAGAAUGAUUGCUUGCAUUGGUGUUUGCCUGGACCCAUCGACUCCUGGAACGACUUAGUUAUGGAGAUGCUGAUGCAUGUCUGACAUUUCCAGGUUAUGCACUUUUUACAUUUGUAUUUCAAUUUCUGAAUAGGUUGCGAUGCACUUGGUAUCUUUCUCGUUGCUCUUCAAUGUUGUAUCAUUUUGCACUGUAAAUACUUUCAGUAAAGAUAUAGACUUGUUUCAUUUUGGGUGUAUCCAGAGAAUCCACUCCUACUAUAUAAACAAAACCUCGGUUCCCAA